AGUGCAGGUGUGCUGCUUCAAAUAUAACAUCUGUUUGUAUUAUCAGUCCCAUUGAUUACUAUGUAUAAUAUUUGUGAUAUAUAAAUUGUUUCACGAUAAUCGAGAUCAUUGUCGUUCAAUAAAAGUGCUGAUAUGAAAAUGAAGAUUUUCAAGUUUUCUUCCCUGUUCUUACUUUUAGCUGUUACCGGGCUUGGCGAAUUUCAGGAAAUUUCAGGUUCUUGUAACAAGAACAGUGAUUGUGCUACAAAAAACGCAAUAUGCAUCGAUGGUCAAUGUACUUGCGACAAUAUAUCAUACAAUGGAACUGGUUGUUUACCAUAUGUGACAAUGUAUAAAGAAUAUUGUGAAGAACAAAAACAGUGCGAAUGGUUGGGACACAACUCAGAUUGUAUCGAAAAUCACUGUAUCUGCCGCGAAAAUUAUUUAUGGUACCAAGGAAGUUGUCAGCCCUCAGCUGAAAAAGGAACUUCCUGCAAAUCUAAUACUGAUUGUAAUAGUCCUCAUGAUAUUCUUUCGUUGCAAUGUGACUCUGACAAAAGUAGCUGUGUAUGUGCUGAUGACUAUUAUGACAGGAAAUAUGAUUGCAGGAAGAAAUCAAGUGAAGGAAAUGCAUGUGCCUUAGAUAUCGAUUGCCAGUCUCCAACAUUGACUUGUACUCUAGGAAUUUGCUCAGUAAUUAAACAAACUGUCGAACAGUCAAGUUACAAUUUUGAAUAUUCACCCAGUGGUUUGACGAAGCCAAUAAAAAUUACGAAUGGACUUGCGAAUAUCACUUGUACAUUUGAUAAUGACUGUCAGGACAUCGCUAAUUCUUUCUGUGACCCAGCAAGUGGUACAUGUUCAUGUGAUAAGAACACUCAGUAUAUCUAUAAAGGAAAUUGCUUACCAGGUCUUGGUUCAUGUCAAGAAGCCAUGGACUGUGGCUCCUGGAAAAACAGUAUAUGUUUCAAGAAUACCUGUGUUUGUUCACAAGGUUUCUUUUUACACGAGGGAAAAUGUAUAGCAGAACUUGGUAUGCCAGAUCCUUCUUUGAAAAGUGAUAAGGAUUGUGUGGUAAAACCUGGACAGCUAGUCAAAAGAGGAAAGGAUUCAGCGUGUUUUUGCAAAAACUACUGGUCCAAUGAUGAUACCAAUAGAAAAUGUAUCAAAACAAUGAUUCAAGAUGUCUCUAGUUGCCUUAGUAAUGAAUGGUGUGAGGCAAUGGGACCAUAUUCCUAUUGUGAUUCAAAGACUGAAAAGUGCCGGUGUAGCAGCUUCGCCACUCUGGAUAAGUCUUCUUAUUAUUGCGUCAAGAAGGACGACGCGAAAGGUGGUUGUCUCAGAGACUCGAAUUGUAAGUUGAAUGAAGAAUGCAUAGAUGAGAAGUGCCAGUGCAUUCAAAAUUAUUCCAGAUAUGGCAGUGUGUGCCUACCAGAUAUCGGUGGAUCAUGUGAUAAUAAAUUUUGUUCUCACAUCGCCAAUUCCGGCUGUUCACAGGGUGUCUGUCAAUGUUUUCCAGCCUAUAUUGGUCUGAAUAAGGGAUGCUUCAAAGCUGUGGAAAAUCUGAAUGAAGAAUGUGAAAUAAACGAACAAUGCCAACACAUUAAAUUCUCUCAGUGUGGCUCAGGAGAUGGUGAAAAUAAAACUUGUAUUUGUAGAAAUGGGUACACUGAGAUAAAUAAUCACUGCUUGCAAUCAAAAGAAUAUGGUGAUCCCUGUAUGAAAACCACAGAUUGUACAUUGGUAUUGAAUCACUCAUUCGAAUGUAGAAACAGUCAAUGUCAAUGCCCGAUGGGUAGUAAGUUAAAUGAUGGGUACUGUACAUCCAGUUCCACAAAAUACUCACUGGCUGUAUCACUGCUUCUACUCUGUGCAAUUAACUUAUUUUUGAAUAUUCAAUGAGCUCGUAAUAAUGAGUCAGAUCUGGUUAGAUUUUUUUUUUAUUAUACAAACACAUAUUUUUUUUUACAUAAAUAACAUAAAUAUGUUUUACAUGUAAUAACUAUAUAUGUUCCUUAAAUGUAUGUCGAUAUUUUAAGACGUGAUCUCUAUUUGUUGAUUGCUUGGCUGAAUCAUUCAUUUUUCAGCAUUUUCUUGUUAUAAAUAAUUCAAAAACAGAACAGUAAUAAUUAUGCUCAUGGAAUAAUAUGGAGAGCCAUAUUUAUCGGAAAAAUAAGAAAUCCAAGGAAUCACAUUUGAAAUAAAGACAUGCAAUUAGGAAGAAAACUUUGUAACUGUGUCCUUUCUUUAGUGUUUAAAUAAUUUGUAAUAAUUUAUUUGAUUUAGGUUUAGACAAUGACUAUAAUGCUGUUAACAAAGAUAAAAUAUAAGAUUUUUU